CGUGGCAGCGCGCCCAAAAUAAGAGUGACGUACUGCGUGCACGGCACUGCGCGCGGAGACGCGUAGCUGUCAAAUGCUAUAAAUCAGGAUUAAAGCUUAUCCACUGAACCUCAGCCUCAUCAGUCAAAAUGAGCUAUUAACGCCGUUAGCCCUCAGGUUUCCAUGGCAGCGGAGGAGAACGAGUGUCCAGACUUGUCCCGGCAGAACUCUGAGCUAAUGAGGUCAUGGGAGCUGGAAUCCAUUCUGACCAAUCGCACGUUGCGCUUCGUGCUGCCUUUAAAGCAGCAGUUUGUUUGCCCGUCCUGCGGCGGGAUCGUCCUGAACCCUCACCAGACGAGCUGCGGGCACAUCUUCUGCGCUCAGUGCGUGAGGGCUCACAUCGAAAACGGGAGAAGUUCGAAAUGUCCCUUAGACAGCGUUCCUAUAAAACCAGAAGAGGUUUUUCAAGACAACUGCUGUAAACGGGAACUGCUAAACUUAGAGAUCUACUGCACCAACGCCCCAGACUGCCCACAGAGGGUCACCUUAAGUAACCUUCAGGAUCAUCUAAAAGCCUGCCAGUACGAGCGAAUUAGAUGUUCAAAUGUAGGUUGCAACCACACUGUGUUGCGCAAAAACCAAACGGACCAUCAGAGGAACGCCUGCCCCUUCCGUCUGGAGGCUUGCCAUCACUGCAGACAGUUGUUCCCCGUGUCUCAGCUGCUGGUCCACCAGAAGACUUCAUGCCCCGAAAUCGAAAUCCUGUGUCCCAACAAGUGCCUUCAGACGAUCAAAAGACAUAAGCUGCAAACUCAUUCUGAUGAGUGUCUCGAAGUGGAGACUGACUGCCUUUAUAAAAACUACGGCUGCACAUUCAGAGGUAAAAGAGGGAAAGUGCAAGUUCAUGAAAACUCAGAGUUCAGUUCCCAUGUUCGGCUGGUUCUGGAAAGCAACACCAAACUUGAGAAACAGGUGGAACAGCUGCAGCAGGAUAUGUUAGUCCAGCAGGGGGUGCUGAAGGACAAAAGUCUUGUGGUCAGUAAUCUGGACCGGGAUAUCACCCUGUGUGACAGCACUCUUACUACCUUACAGAGGUCUGUGGAGGAGCAGCGAGUGCGGAUCUGCAGUGUUCAGCGUGAACUGAGGGAUCUGCGAGGGGUUCUGGGGUCUGAACUGAGCGAAGAGCUCCCCAGCCUUCGGGCAUCACUGGACUCCCUCAGACAGCAGGUGGCCGUCACAGAAAGCCUCAGGGAACACCUGGGUGUGUUAGAGCAGACGUGUCAGCGUCAUACCCGCUUGUUAGACAUCCACGUGGAGCAACUGCAGUGCAACGAGCAGCGUUUCCGCCAGCUGGAAUCCACUUCCUACGACGGGAAGCUCAUCUGGAAAGUGCGCGACUACUGCCACCGGAAAGAGGCCGGCACCUCACUCACCUCGACCCCCUUCUACACCAGCCGUAGCGGCUACAAGCUAAGUGUGCGAGCUUACCUUGGUGGGGACAAUUCAGGAGGCACUCACCUGUCACUGUACAUCACUAUAAUGCGUGGAGAUUUCGACUCGCUCUUACCAUGGCCGUUCAAACAGAGCAUAACGUUAACUGUGCUAGAUCAAAGCGGCUCCAGGAACCACCAGAGCAAUACUUUCACCCCCGACGCUGGCAACGAUAGCUUUCAUCGGCCAACAUGUGAUGCUAAUGUGGCUACGGGUUUCCCAAAAUUCAUAUCCCACGGCGAUCUAGAGACCCCUCGAAAUGCCGUUUAUGUAAGAGACGACACGCUGUUCAUCAAAGUAAAAGUGGACACAACUGGAUUAGAGGACUUGUAGCCUAUGAGAAAAAUUAAUUGUCCCAAAACAGUGUCCAUGAUUCAUGAAGUGUCUUUUAAUAUCUGUUUGAAGGCAUUUGUUGUAGUAGCACUGGUUAUUAUGUUUACAUGCACAGAUUUUCAUCAAUCUGAAUCAGUACAAAUGAGAUAAAGGUGUUGAAUGUAUUGCUCUAAUGCACCGUAUUUAUGAAAUUUUAUUUUGGAUGUGAAUGAAAAGAUUCUGCACGUGAAAACAGUAUUGGUCCUAAAACAUAACCGUUUACGAUACUGAUUUUUUCUAGAUAAGAUCUACAUCUGCUUAAAAAGGGGCAUAGCACGCACUUGGGUACCUAUAGAGUAGUACGGCAUCCUUCGCGUUUUCCUAUCUCCAAAAUGUCUUUAGUUUUAUCAUAUAUAUCAUAUUUUUAAAAGAAAGAGACAGCUUUACGAUUGUCGAAGAAAAAAGGUCCUGGAGGCGCGCCGCCUGGGCGGAGCUAAAGAGUGACAAGCACAAGCCGAAUGCUGACAAAACAGACAUUUGAUGCCGUUUCACUCAACGUCUGGGACUACUCCAUUCACUCCAUCUUUAUCAAGCGAUGUGCAAAUCCAGCGUUGAACUGGGCCUCGUUUAUAAAAUAUUCAUCAAGAAAAAAAAGGAAUCCAAUAUUCACGUAACGCUGGGUACUUUUGGAAAGCUUAACAAGGUUAUUGUUUAAGGUCUUGUCAGAAUAAGUGGUCAUAUAGCACACUUGCUUGCAACGUGUUGGCUCAUAUAGACCUGGGUCAUGUUUUAAUGCAUUUUUGAUCGUUUGCAAGGACUUUUUCUCUCUGCACUGCUUUCCAGUCAAUAAAGUAAAUCAUU